AUGGCCGACGACCAAGUUUUCAACGCACAAAACCAGAUCGGAACGGAAAACCAAGAGAAGCGUGAUUCUAUAUCGAAAGACCGGGGAGAAUACCGUCAAGAUGGGCAUAACCUUGAUGCUGAAGAGAAACACACCUAUGGAGAGGUGAACCAAUUGCCAGACCUUCAACGCAAACUCAAGAGCCGCCAUUUGCAAAUGAUUGCCAUCGGUGGCACCAUCGGAACCGGUUUAUUUAUCGGUAGCGGUACUGCUGUUGCUAUUGCUGGUCCUGUUGGAGCACUACUUGCGUAUAUAUUUGUGGGCUCCAUCGUGUUUUCGGUCAUGGCUGCACUAGGAGAGCUGGCAACAUACCUUCCGAUUCCAGGAGCCUUUACCGCAUAUGCGACACGACUGGUUGAUCCUAGUCUAGGCUUCGCAAUGGGCUGGAUCUACUGGUUUUCAUGGGCGUCAACGUUUGCUCUCGAAUUGACCGCGACCGGUCUGAUCAUUCAGUACUGGGAUGAAACAAUCCCGAUCGCUAUAUUCAUUGCCAUAUUUUGGGUGCUGAUCAUUGCGCUGAACAUGCUCCCAGUUAGCUUUUACGGCGAGACCGAAUUCUGGCUAUCAAGCGUCAAGGUCGCCACUGUCGUCGGGUUCAUGAUAUUUGCGAUUUGCAUGAACGCAGGAGUUGGCAAGGAGGGUUAUAUUGGUUUUCGAUACUGGGUUAAUCCAGGCCCCUUCAAUGCCUAUUUGGUUGACAGUAAUGUCUCUCUGGGUAAAUUUCUUGGUUUCUGGGCGGUUCUUAUCAAGGCCGGUUUUUCAUAUCAAGGCACUGAGCUCGUGGGUAUUGCGGCGGGCGAGACUGAAAACCCUCGCAAGAACGUCCCAUCAGCCAUUCGCAAGACAUUUUUCCGAAUUAUCUUCUUCUUUAUUUUAACAGUCUUCUUCAUCGGGAUUGUUGUCCCGUCUACUGACGAUGGCCUAACGGCUAGCGAAGGGACUGGAGCUAGUGCGAAUAAUGCUAACGCCUCACCCUUUGUUAUCGCCGCUAAGAGGGCCGGCGUGAACGUGCUACCUAGCAUCAUUAAUGCAGUCUUGUUGACUGUGGUUCUCUCCGCCGCUAAUUCAAAUGUCUAUUCUGGAAGUCGGAUCCUUGUGGGCCUUGCUCAUGAUGGGUUCGCGCCCUCGAUUUUUGUGAGAACAACCAAGCACGGCGUCCCCUACUGGAGUGUGCUUUUUACAGCCCUCUUUGGUCUUCUUGGAUUUUUGAAUAUCUCCAACACUGGAAGCACCGUCUUCAAUUGGUUGAUGCAGAUCGCAGGCUUAGCAGGUUUCAUUACCUGGACAUCUCUAAACGUUUGCCAUAUCGCAUUCAUGAAAGCCUUUAAGGCGCAGGGCCUUUCCCGGGACAUUUUGGCCUACAAAGGCCCUUGGCAGCCAUAUCUUUCGUGGUAUGGCUUGGUUUUCAACGCGUUGAUAAUAAUCACCCAGGGAUUUACCGCUUUCAUUCCCUCUUUCAGCGUGACCGACUUCUUCAUCAAUUAUCUCAGUCUCAUCCUGUUUGCUGCUCUCUAUGCUGGACACAAGAUUGCUUUUCGACAGCCAUUGGUAAAGCCUAAAGAGGCUGACGUUUAUACAGGUCGUUUAGAAUUUGAAGGCUAG